CUCGCCUUGAGCUGCAGCAGCCAUCAAACGCCGCCGUCGUCGACCGCUUCAGUUUCAUUUUCUCGUGAACAAAAUUUCGCGACAAAUUUGUGGGCAAAAAUCGCUAAAAAAAGGCACAGAGUCGCAUUCCGCACAUCACCGCUGUCGUCCCGUUUGCUUAUCUGUCGAGAUAAUUGAAAGUCACUCCGGUAAACAGGGGAAAUUUAUUGCCAGAAAGUGGCCCGGCUCCAGACACAGUGAAUUGCAUGAAAAGUCUCCGCCAGCUGCACAAAUUUCUCGCCGCUCCACUCCGGGAACCGCUCCUGCUCCAACGACCGCCCAAGCCGUCCCCGCAAAGGCACCUUCAAACCUUCACCGCGCGUCCCUCCAAGUACAGCCGCCUAGCGAUGCCGGAAGCGCAACAAGAAGCAGGCACCGCCGCCUUCCAGUACCCGGUGGCACGCCGCGACGACUCGGUCGUAGAUGAAAUCCACGGCCAGCAGAUCGCCGACCCGUACCGCUGGCUCGAGGAUCCGGACGCGGAGGAAACGCAAGCGUACGUCGAGCAGCAGAACAAGAUCGCGCAGCCGUUCCUGGAGAGCUGCGACGAGUGGAAGAAGCUGAACGCGAAGCUGACCAAGCGCUGGAACUACCCGAAGUACUCGUGCCCGUUCAAGCACGCCAGCCGGUACUUUUUCUUCAUGAACACGGGCCUGCAGAACCAGGACGUUCUGUACGUGCAAAACUCGCUGGACGACGAGCCGAAGGUGUUCCUGGAUCCGAACGCGCUGUCCAAGGACGGAACGAUCGCGCUGGUUGGGUCGCGCUUUUCCGACGACGGCAACCUGUUCGCGUACGGGCUGAGCCAGAGCGGGUCGGACUGGACGAAGCUGAAGGUGCGCGACGUGAACACGGGCGAGGACUUCCCCGAGACGAUCGAGCACACCAAGUUCGUGACGGCGUCCUGGACCAAGGACAACAAGGGUUUCUUCUACGCGCGCUAUCCCGUGGUGGAGGGCAAGGCGGACGGGUCGGAGACGGCCGCGAACGAAAACCAGAAGCUGUAUUACCAUCGCAUUGGGGAGCCCCAGGACAAGGACGUGUUGAUUGCGGAGUUCCCCGAGGAGCCCUCGUGGAGAUUAAUGCCGGAGGUCUCGGACUGCGGCAAGUACCUCAUGCUGUUCAUCAUGAAGGGCUGCAAGGACAUGCUGCUGUACUUUAGCAACCUGGAAAAGGCGGGAGGCAUCACCGGCAAGCUGGACUUUACCAAGAUUGUCACCGAGUUCGACAGCGACUACGAUUACAUUACCAACGAGGGCAGCAUCUUCUCGUUCCGCACCAACAAGGGUGCGCCCAACUACCGCGUGGUCAACAUUGACUUUGACGAGCCGGCGCUCGACAAGUGGACCACCCUCAUCGCGGAAGACCCCAAGAACGUCCUGGACUGGUCCAGCUGCGUCAACGGGGACAAAAUCGUGCUCGGGUACAUCGACGACGUCAAGUCGGUGCUGCAGGUGCACAGCCUCAACGAUGGUCGUUUCCUGUCCAAGUUCCCGUUGGCGAUCGGCAACGUGGUGGGCUUCAGCGGCAAGAAGAAGUACUCGGAGAUCUUCUACCACUUUGUGUCGUUCCUGACGCCCGGCGUGAUCUACCACUACGAUUUCGCUGCCGGUGAGGGUGCCGAGGCGAAGAUCUUCCGCCAGGUCAAGAUCGAGGACUUUGACGACAGUCUGUACAAGGUGGAGCAGGUGUUUUACAAGAGCAAGGACGGCGAGCGGGUACCGAUGUUUAUCGUGCAGAAGAAGUCGGACAAGCAAGAGAAAAAACCGUGCCUUUUGUACGGUUACGGAGGAUUCAACAUCUGCAUCCAGCCAUCCUUCAGUAUUACCGGACUGGUAUUUAUCGACUCGUUUGAUGGUAUUUUGGCCUACCCGAACAUCCGCGGUGGUGGCGAGUACGGCGAACGGUGGCACAACGCUGGACGGCUGCUGAAGAAGCAGAACGUGUUUGACGACUUCCAGUACGCGGCGCAGUAUUUGGUCGAGAGUGGCUACACCAGCCACGAUCAGAUCGUCAUCCAGGGCGGUUCGAACGGGGGUCUGCUGGUGGGAGCAUGCAUCAACCAGCGACCGGAUCUGUUCGGAGCGGCCGUAGCCCACGUCGGCGUGAUGGACAUGCUGCGCUUCCACAAGUUCACGAUCGGACGCGCCUGGGUGUCGGACUACGGUGACAUCACCGAGAAGGAACACUUUGAGAACCUGCUGCGGUACUCGCCCCUGCACAACGUGCACACGCCCAGCUCCGAGCGGGAGCAGUACCCGGCGACGCUGGUUCUGACGGCGGAUCACGACGAUCGCGUCAGUCCGCUGCACUCGCUCAAGUUUAUGGCGGCGUUACACCACGCCGUGCGUGACUCCAAGUACCAGAAGAACCCGCUGCUGCUGCGCGUGUAUAGCAAGGCUGGCCACGGAAUGGGCAAACCGACGGCGAAGAAGAUCGAGGAAUCGACCGACAUUCUGACCUUCAUCUACAAGACGCUGAAGCUGAAGUUGACGUUCUAGGCGGCGGUGGCGACGGCGACGACGGCGGCAGCACCUCAAUCGACCUUGUUAGCUUUUGUAUGGCCAUCUUCUUUUUUGUUUUCACGUUUUUAUUAUUGGUAGCAUUAGCGUAUGGUUUGUAAUUACAUAUUUAGUCGAUGUAGUCAUUACACAGUAUCGGAUUGAACAGAUCAUGAGAGGAGAAAUGAAUCGAAUCGAGAACAACAAACAAAACUUCAGGUGAAUUGUAGAUUUUAUACUGCGUAAAAAUAUUGAUGAAUAAAAAACAUUUCUGGAUAAUUGCGACAUAUA